UUGCGAUCGUUUGUCUUGCCGUCAGGCAGGCAGAAUAUUGUCCGCUAUAGGCUGGCGUGAGUUGCCUGGGGCAGUGUGAUAUGCCCCAUCAUAUACAAUAUCCAGAACCGCGCGAAGAGCAGCUUGAAGAGCCUUUCCCGGAAGACUUGGAAUAUGCUCGAACACAGAAUCUUAUUCCGCACCGUGGUGGGCCCGCUGCGGGUCUGGGCAUUCGCUCUAUGGAAUUCCAUGAGUCCUCGAGGCGUUACGACGCUCAGCGUGAGCCUGUGGGGGACGAGCCUAUUGGUGUCGAGCCUGUGGACAUGCAGUACGUGUUCCCAUCGACUGCGGACGAGUACACGGUUGAGCCCUCUGCUUAUCCCUCUCGGACUGUGAGCCCUGUCUCCUCAGCAGGCUCUUUACCCACUUCAGAAGUCAGCGCACUAGUUGAAGACGAUCAGAACUUGCAACACCGCGACACCGCAGAUGAACCUGAAAGUCGGAGCACCCAUGAUUGAGAGAAGCAUUACACUCAUUGUCUUAUUACCAUCGUGAUGGAGGUUUGAAUGCAUUGGUUUGGAGGACCACCUGCAUGGCGGAAUACGGCGUCUUACUUGGGGAACUUUUCAUCGCACACACGGUUUACAACACAAUAAUGAAGUGAAAUGCAACAACAACAACAAACAGCAGGAACACCAACUUUCACUGAGUUGGAAGAAGAAGAAGAAAAAGCGAGUGGCGCAAUGGCGUUUCUGUGAGCAGGAAUGAUAUGUCAGUCAGUCUUUUGGAAAGGGAAGGGAUUGGAAUGUACAGAACAGAAUCAGUGACUUGGAUUGUAAAAGACUUUAGUGUGGUAAUUAUUCUUGGAAAAGAAAAGAAAGAC